UAAAAUAAAACAUAUUCUUGGUGCUGUAGACAUAAGCACAUCAAAUAAAUAUUAUCAUACAUAAUUAGUAAUCACAAACGACGUCGCAUCGCUGUGGACGCAGUAGCACGCAUGGACAUUCAAGAUGGCGACGCCCAUGCACAGGAUAAUUGCUCGUAGGCAGGCGGAGGCGAAUAAACAACAUGUUCGCUGUCAAAAGUGCUUGGAAUUCGGACACUGGACAUACGAAUGUACUGGGAAAAGGAAGUACCUACACAGACCCUCCAGAACAGUACAGAUGAAACAGAAGAUGAAAGAAACGGAGACCGCAACGGCAGUGGUGCCUGGACCAGGAAAGGAAGGGUCCAGUGAGAAAAAAGUGAAGAAGAAAAGGCCGAAGGACUCGAGUAGCUCUGGCUCCAGCUCCAGCAGCUCCAGCAGCAGCAGCGACACGGACAGCUCCUCCUCCGACUCCUCCUCGGAUAGCGAGGACUCCUCCAGCUCGUCCUCGGACGGCAGCAGCAGCAGCGACGACGACGACGACAGCAGCAGCGGCAGCUCCAGCUCGUCCUCGUCCUCCGACUCCGACUCCGACUCCAGCGGCAGCAGCUCCGACCAGGGUCCACCAAAGAAGAAGAAAAAGAAGAAGUAGAGAGAGAGACUCCCCUCCCCCACCCUCCCCACACCUGCCCUUCCGGAACCCGAGUUGGAGCUCUCCGAUGGCGAUGACUGUGGUUGUUCUGAGAGCCAUGGUGUCCCUCAUCAGCGUGGAAUCUCCUGUGACAGGCCAUGCGCCUUUUGACGGCAUUCAGUUUUAAAAAUGGAAAUGUCAGUUUGCUUCCCCCGAAGGACGUGGUUGUUUCUUAUUAUCACAGCGUUCCUUUCCUUUCCCGCUUUUUUUUUUUACACGCCUGAUUUAAUUUAUAUCUACGUGACAAGCAUCUCUAUGUGAUGGUUUGUACAAAGUGUACAUACAUGUUAAAUAUUCACAUGAGUCUGCCAUUUUUAAGUAUUGUAUGACCUACUAGGAAAUAUUCAUUUGAACUUACUUUGGUAGCACAGGGGGAGCAAUUAACAAUGAGUUUGGUACAAAUUGGAAUUUUUUUUACUGUCUGUCAGCUUAUACUACAGAAAACGUUCUUUGAAAAUGUAUUUUAUGAAUGUAAUAUUUUGCUGAUGAGAUCUUUGUUGGCUUUCUAAAUAAACAAUUCUAGAAAGAAUGGCCCAUGGAAACCUAGAGUUUCUGUCCUUUGAAAAAAAAAAAAAGGCUAACUUGAAGGCUAACUUCUUUAAACUGUGAAAAUGCACAAUUAACCUCUGGGUUCUUUACUGUGCACAGUAAACUAGCAGAAUUUUAAUUCAAGGAAAUGUUUUAUUGAAUUGUUGAACUUGUUUUUCAGUAAGCCAGAAUAUACAAUUAUAAUUUCUUCAUGAGUUGGGUAGCAUACAUGGUGUUGCAAUGCAUAAGUUAAAUGUUUCUCUUUCAAAUUUCAUUUCAUGAUGGGGGUAUGGGGGUAUGGGGGGGGGGGUGGAAUUUUCCAAUGACAUGACUAAUACUCAACCCUUUUAUUUUAUGUUGAAAGAUUUGCUUUGUAGAUUUCAUAAUACAUAAUACAUUUUUUAGAAGGAAAGUCUGUUUUUCUUAAAACAAUAAACUUUUUAAAUAAAGCUCUCGGUUAUCUGUA